CGAAUUUCGUAACUAUUCAAUUUGUUCGUCUGGCAAUUGACGUUUAGAAUUCGGCGAUUUUUAAAUAUUGUUUUAUAAUCUCCGAAAAGAGUAAGAAAAGAAAUAUAUUUUAUUUCAAUGAAGAGUUUAAAUAGAAGGUUUUCAAGCGAAUAUUUCAGACACAGGAUGCAACUAUUACCAACUAUAAAAGUGAAAAACGAAGAUGUCGAUAUGUUCGAAGAAAAAAUAACAGUUCGAAAUGACAAUCUCGACAACUGUAAAACAGAAUGUUCGGAUAUGGAAGUGGAUGAAAAUGAUAAAAAUGAUAUCGUUAAAGGAGAUCUUUUGUCUACAAUAGGAGUAAGCGACAACGUCAGUCUCUAUUUUCCCAUAGGAGUGGGCAUAAAUUACAACAAUGACACUAUUAUAUGCGACACUGGACAUCACAUGGUAUGGAUCGUAGAUGAAUUUGGAAGACCUAAACAAAAAAUUCAUCAAAAGAAAGCAACAAACUUCUACAGACCUUCAGCAGUAGUUGUAUUGGAAAAUAACAAUUUUGUCAUAAAGGAUAACUUAGGACUUUAUUUAUACAACAAGGAUGGUAUUUUUAUUCGAAGUAUUGGCGAAACGGUCCUCUGUAAACCUUACGGACUUGCAAUUACAGAAGACGAAAAAUUGAUAACAUUAAACGAGACAUGGAAAUCAAGUCUCUUUGUUUUCAACAAAGAUGGCGGCGUAGAAAACCGUAAUUUAUACGAACCAUUAUUGAAGCGACAUGAUAAAUCGAAAUGUCGAUUUUUGGCAUAUUACUCUAAUCAAGUCGUCGUAUCCGAUUUAGGUCUGAGCAAGAUAUAUAAAACUACUGUGGAUGGCAAAUUGAUUAAAACAUUCGGCACUUUUGGAGACAAUGACGGAGACUUGAACGAACCAUCUGGUAUCGCUUUGGAUCCGAAAGGUACCAUGCUUAUAGGCGAUAGCAGAAACGAUCGCUUACAGAUAUUUGAUUGGGAAGGUGAUUAUCUCGGUAAAGUGGCAUUGUCUGAUCUCAUUCGAAGACCAUCAGACGUAACUCUAACCAAAGAUGGCCGUUUAUACGUUCUCAAUUAUUUGGAUCAUUUCUUAUCAAUUUAUCGUCUUAAAAUGAAUGAAUGAAUUUUUAAAUGGUUUCAGCGCAUUGCCAUGACAAAAGCCAAAGCAUCGAACAUAAAGAGAAAUUUAAUUCUUUGUUUUUGAUGUCAAAUACAGAUUUUUUUUUUCAGUUUAAUUUUUAUGUAAUAUUCUUCCAUAGAAUAUAGUACAUUGAUUGUUAAUUUUAUUUACAAAAUGAAAUUUACAUUAAAGUAAGUCUACUUUUGAUUUUUAAUUUAAUAAAAUAUCCACGACACGCUAACAUAAGUUAAUGUUAAAAAUAAAUUAUUUAUAAUGGCGUAGCCAUAUGAAUUUAUGUAUAUGUAAUGUAUUGAUAUUUAAUGUAGAUUAUACAGAAACAAAGUUUUUGUAUAAUCUACAUUAUACAUCUUUUAGAAGUCGAUUAAUACUGUAUAUCAAAAAUUACGAAGUUACAUCAGUUUGAUCAUUUGAAAGAUAAUUGCAAAAUUAAUAAAAACUUAUGAAAACUGGAAUAUUGCAAAGUAUGAAGUCUUUAAUAGAGUAAAAGGUUUGAUUAGAACAAAGAAAAGUAAGUGAAAGGUGCUGAAUUUUGAAUUCAAAACAAAGCAAACAUUAUAUGAAUAAAUAGUAACUUGAAGAUUAUUAAUCAAUUCAAAGGUCCUUGUGUAGACUUGAGAACGAAACAAAAAAUAGAAAUUAUUUUUGAAAACAAUCAUAAGAUGAAAUGUCUUUUGAUAGAAUACUUUUGUCAUCACGUUUCUAUUUUGUGUGUGGAUUGUUAUAAGAAACUAUAAAGAAAUGAUAUCUGACAUUUUUGCGCUUGAACUGCUAUCGUUAAUUAGUACAGUAUACAAGCGUUAAAAUUCUGCGAUUGUUUAAUAGAUGAAUUAUAUAAAUCUGAUUAUGUAUAUAUAUAAUUGUAUAGGCUUUACUUGUGAUUAUACACGACAUGGAUUAGACAACCAUUAAUGUCCUAUAUGUACAGUAUAUAGAAGUUUACAUAUAAACAAGUCUUGUAUAUAUAAAUUUGUAAGUAUAUAUAUAUAUAUAUAUCUACGACUUAUUCUUAUAUAUAAUAAUAUAGUCACACUAGAUGUAGAAUAACAGUCAUACAACGGAGCAUUUUAUUAGUAAAGUAACACGAUAGCGAAUACAUAUCAAGUGCUAUACAUUCGUAGCAACCAGAAACAGAAUCAGAUCGGUAAUUAAAAUGCAGCAUUCCAUAUGCUUUAAGUAGGGACUUUAAAAUAAAACGACCAUUCCGGUAAUUGAUUUCAUGCAUAUACUAUUGAUAUUAUAUUUUGUAAACAGUUUGAAAUGUUUGUGUUAUGUUCUGUUUCUUUGUGUGGUGAUAAAGCAUUUAUUAGU